AUGUUUUCAUAUCUAUUCCAGUAUGUCUAUCUACUUGUCUGCCUCACCCUGUUUGUAUCCAGCUUAUUUUCCUUCAAUUUUUUCAUUUAUUCACUCCACCUUUAUUUCUUUCUUUCUUACUCAUUUUUCCUUUUUUUCAUUUAUUUUUCUAUUUUUGUUUUUCAUUCAAUUAUCUUUUCCUUUUUCUUUCAUUCCUUCUUUUUCCUUUCUCUCAUCCCCUUUCAUUCAUUUAUUAUUCUCAUCUCAUUCUUUAUCAAACUUUCUUUAUUUCACUUAUUUUCUUCAUUUUUCUUUUAUUUCAUUAAUCUGAAUUUCUUCUUUCUAACAGUUAACUUUUGUUUUGGUCAUUCUUUUUUUUUUUCUUCAUUUUUUUUCUUUUUUUUUCUUUUUUUUCUUUCUUUUUUUUUCUUUCUUUUUUUUCCUUUUUUUUCUUUUUUUUCUUUUUUUCUUUUCUUUACUUCCUUUUACUCUCUUCCUUACUUUCUUUUCAUCCCCUCUUCUUUACUUACCUUUUUCAUUUCUUCUUCUUUAUUUCCUUUUCUUCUCUUCCUUUUUACUUUCUUUUUUCUACUCUUCUUUAAUUUAUUUUUUCUCCUCUUCUUUACUUUCUGUUCUUCUCUUCUUUUGUUCCUUUUCCUUCCCUCUUCUUUACUUUCUUCUUUUUCAUCCUCUUCUCUACUCUCUUUUCAUCUCCAUCUUCUUUACUUUCUUUUCUCCUUUUCUUUACUUACUUUUUUCUCUCUUCUUUACUUACUUUUUCCUCCCCCUUCUUCUUUACUUCCUUUUCCUCCCCCUUCUUCUUUACUUCCUUUUCCUCCCCUUCUUCUUUACUUCCUUUUCCUCCCCCUUCUUCUUUACAUCCUUUUCCUCCCCCUUCUUCUUUACAUCCUUUUCCUCCCCCUUCUUCUUUACUUCCUUUUCCUCCCCCUUCUUCUUUGCUUCCUUUUCCUCCCCCUCUUCUUUACUUCCUUUUCCUCCCCUCUUCUUUACUUCCUUUUCCUCCCCCUCUUCUUUUGCUUCCUUUUCCUCCCCCUCUUCUUUACUUCCUUUUCCUCCCCUCUUCUUUACUUCCUUUUCCUCCCCUUCUUCUUUACUUCCUUUUCCUCCUUCUUUACUUCCUUUUCCUCCCCUUCUUCUUUUCUUCCUUUUCCUCCUUCUUUACUUCCUUUUCCUCCCCUUCUUGUUUACUUACUUUUCCUCCUUCUUCUUCUUCCUUUUCCUCCCCUCUUCUUUACUUCCUUUUCCUCCCCCCCCUCUUCUUUAAUUCCUUUUCCUCCUUCUUCUUUACUUCCUUUUCCUCCCCUUCUUCUUUACUUCCUUUUCCUCCCCCUUCUUGUUUACUUACUUUUCCUCCUUCUUCUUUACUUCCUUUUCCUCCCCCCUCUUCUUUACUUCCUUUUCCUCCCCCCUCUUCUUUACUUCCUUUUCCUCCCCCCUCUUCUUUACUUCCUUUUCCUCCCCCUCUUCUUUUCUUCCUUUUCCUCCCCCUUCUUCUUUACUUCCUUUUCCUCCUUCUUUACUUCCUUUUCCUCCCCCUUCUUGUUUACUUACUUUUCCUCCCCUUCUUGUUUACUUACUUUUCCUCCUUCUUCUUUACUUCCUUUUCCUCCCCUCUUCUUUAAUUCCUUUUCCUCCCCCCCCUCUUCUUUACUUCCUUUUCCUCCCCUUCUUCUUUACUUCCUUUUCCUCCCCCUUCUUCUUUACUUCCUUUUCCUCCCCUUCUUCUUUGCAUCCUUUUCCUCCCCCCUCUUCUUUACUUCCUUUUCCUCCCCUUCUUCUUUUUUCCUUUUCCUCCCCUUCUUCUUUACUUCCUUUUCCUCCCCCUUCUUUACUUCCUUUUCCUCCCCCUCUUCUUUUUCCUUUUCCUCCCCCUCUUCUUUAAUUCCUUUUCCUCCCCUUCUUCUUUUUUCCUUUUCCUCCCCCUUCUUCUUUACAUUCUUUUUUCUCACUGUUUUUUACUUUCUUUCUCAUCUUCUUUACUUCUUUUUUUUCUCAUUAAAAACCUUUUUAAAUUAUCCCAAAGGAAGAAAAUCUAUGGUUAUAGUACAAUGA